AUGGCUGAGCAUAUCGAUGGAGCAUCUCCCAAAGAACAGAUCCUCGAAGCAUGCCGGAGAGACAAUGUCGAGCUGUUUCACGAAGUGCUGAGUGACAUGAAGGACAAAAGCAAGGAACAAAUAGCAGAAUUCUUCAAUUCUACCACAGACACUAUGGGAAACCACCUGUUACACGUAUGCGCAAGUUAUGGAGCUUAUGAUGUUAUGGACGAAUUACUCAACAUUGAAUUCCUCGAGUGCGAUCCCUUGAAUCGGAGGGAACAAGAAACUCCCAUUCAUUCCGCAGUCAAGUACGCCAACGAGCGAGAAGUCGAACUCGGACAGGCAAUGGCAAAGAUGCUAAUCGACGCCGGAGGCGAUCCCAGAGUCAAAGACAAACAUGGCAGAAAACCUGCCGAGAUCUGCACCCCCAGAACAGAAGAGCUUCGUGGUAUACUCAUCCAGGAGGAAUAUGUUCUCAACGAAGGUCUGCGGAACUCCGAUGUCCACCCUGAUGAAGAGGACGAUGGAGAUGCCGGGCCGCCUUCAGAUUCGGAAUGA